GUCACAGUUAAACAUAACCAAUUUCUCUGAAAUAUCACAAAAUUAUCAUAAAUGAUCUAUGUGCUGUUGUUUGUUGUCCCAGCAUGUACAAUACCUCAAACAAAUAGGUAGUGAGAUCAGCAAGAGACCUGAGAACUUACAUGGCUAUACAACAUUACAAGACAAUUCGGCUACACACAGCAAUAAUCACACAGAAAACUAGUCCUAUUAUUAAAAAAGUUGAAUGGUAAAAUCCCUCAUACAGUAAGAAUGAGUGUCUCUAACUUCAAUUCGUUUUUCAAACCAGCAAUCAAUAAAAAAAAGUAAAUGUGCAUAACACGCCAUUUACUUUGAAUAAAGCAUCCAUACGUAAGGGUUGGAACUCACAUAAACAAAUUGCUUUCAGUUGAGUGAUGAGUAAUUUAAUUGAUAAAUGCCUGAGACUGGUCAUCACAAUUAACUGAAGGUUGCAACCAAAGAUGUAGAAGCAGAAAGAAUACAUUAUUUCUGCAUUGCUUUGCCUGAUCAUAAACCAUUUUGCUUUGUAGAUAGGCCUUCACAAGCUCUCACUGCACCUGUAUGCAAACCAACCAACAACACUGCCUUUGCCUUUAAUAUUUAAUUUUUAAACCCUGUGGUGUAUCAAGUAAACUUUUUCCACUGAGUUGUAGGUCAGAAGGUAAUUUCAGCCAGUUAAAUUUACCAUAAUUUUCAUUCAUUCAUUUGUUCAUUCAUCCUUACAUAACAUUGAUCCAAACUUUAUUAUGUCUAAAAUAAACCAUCUUCUGUUAUGGCUAGUUUUGUCUUAAAUGACUUAUUUUGUGGCUCAAACUACAACCCAACGAUGAAAAUGUUAAACAUGAGUGUACAAAAAUAGAAUAUAGGACAGAACAAUAUAGUUUUUUAUUGAUUAACUUGCUGACUAUCAGAUCAUGUAAAUAUUAUGUACCAAUACCUUGAUGAAGUCGUUUCACUUGUAUGUAUCAUAUGAGUGUGGCAUUCAUAGCCCUUCCCCUUGCCUUGACUAACAAAUGGGACAUUCUUAAUGUUACCACUGCAAUGUUGGAAAUAACUUCUUAAGUGCCUCCUUAUUUGGUUGUCUGCUUUCAUGAGAGUCACUAGGGGCUGCACAGACACCUGCUAAUGGCUAACAGCAAGUUAAUUGCAGUUCCCAUAAGUGGACCAUGUGAUGUUGAGGUCAGAAAAUGCAUGUGAUAGUUUUCACAUUUUGUUAUCUUAUCUCUCUCCUGUUCUGUCUUGGUUACUUUGAGAACAGCAUCAUAUUUUAACUAAUUACAGGUUUACCAAACCAGUUAUCUUCCAAAAUUAUAUUCAAGUUUAACUAUGCUGUUUACCAUUUGUUAGUUGAGAUCAGUAACCAAAUGUUCCUCUUGGGUGAUUAGCAAAUCCUUCCUUUAAGCGCCAUAAAAGGCCACAAAGCAUGCUCCUCCAAACCCUGGGGAAAGAGCAUUAGAAGUGUAGUAAUGACUUGGCCAAGGCAUCCUCUCAUUCGACAGUAAGUGUUACCACAGUGUUUGUCCUCAGCCGUGUUUGGACUACCAGAAAAAAUGGCCAGCAAGUUAACACAAGAGCAGAUCACAGAAUACAAAGGAGUUUUCGAGAUGUUCGAUGAAGAGGGGAAUGGAGAUGUGAAGACACAGGAGCUGGAGAGGCUGAUGAGUUUAAUGGGGAUCAAUCCUACGAAGAGAGAGCUCAGCCAGAUGGCCAAAGAUGUGGACAAAGAUGGUAAAGGGAUAUUUAACUGUGACAGCUUCCUGGGUCUGAUGGCACUGUACCUAGAAAGAACCAAGAACCAGGAUGCUGAACUCCGAGCUGCUUUUAAAGUAUUUGACAAAGAGGCCAAAGGAUACAUCGACUGGAACACACUCAAAUAUGUACUGAUGAACGCAGGGGAACCACUCAAUGAGAUUGAGGCAGAGCAGAUGAUGAAGGAGGCAGAUAAAGAUGGAGACGGAACCAUUAAUUAUGAAGAAUUUGUGGCCAUGAUGACUGGGGACUCGUUCAAAAUGAGCUGAAGAUCUUGUGGAUAUUCUGCAGCUGUUGUGAACAUGUGUUACAAUUACAUACAAUUGUAAAAAAAAAUAAAAUAAAAGACAAGUAUAUUUGGUCUUCAACAUUUCUAGUUGUACAAAUGGAAAUGUGUGCAAUAACAUGCGAUUUGUGAAUAACAAAUCCAAUACAUUACAGUAAAAAUUGUGA